AUGAACCCGCGGGUAUUCAGGGCAGGCGCGGGCCACUCUGGUCAAUCCAGCCACACCGCCCCGCUGCCCUUGUGGCUGGGCGUUCCGUCAUCUAUUCUCGUCUGCCUUCGACUUCUCAAACCCUUUGGAUCUUCCGUCCAGUUUACUUGUCUCGGCGAUCUUGGGAUAUCUGACUCGUCUUACCUUCCUGCCUCGUUCCACUUUCAUCCGCCACCGAUCAUGGCUUCCAGGCAACCCGCUGGAGCCCGCCCGGGCGCAAGAUUCGCUCAGUUCAAGCUCGUGCUCCUCGAGUUCCUUGGUCCUUCGAUUCGUGAAAGUGAGUUCUGGAAAAUCGCUCGUUUCUCUCUCCGCGACGAGACCAGCAGGAUCCAGGGUGGGAAUACUGACUGCGUGGUUCAGGACCAAUUUGAUGAUUACCGCGAGUCGACAAUCGGAGCCGCCUUCCUCACACAGACCAUUUCCCUCGAUGAUUCCACCACGGUCAAGUUCGAAAUCUGGGAUACCGCUGGUCAGGAGCGCUAUAAGUCGUUGGCCCCGAUGUACUACCGAAAUGCCAACUGCGCCGUGGUUGUCUAUGACAUCACCCAAGCGUCAUCACUGGACAAAGCCAAGUCAUGGGUGAAGGAGCUUCAACGCCAGGCAAACGAGAAUAUUGUGAUCGCCCUGGCAGGCAACAAGCUGGAUCUGGUCACCGAGAGCCCCGAUAAGCGGGCAAUUCCAGAGGCUGAUGCCGAGGCUUAUGCACGCGAAGCAGGCCUACUUUUCUUUGAGACUUCCGCCAAAUCCUCAACAAACGUCAAGGAGCUAUUCACCGCCAUCGCAAAGAAGCUUCCUCUGGAGCAAGCCGGUGCUCGGAACAUGCGGACAACUCCUCGCCCUGGCGUUGACUUGCGCCCUGAGGCCCCUGGCACACAAGGCGCCGGCGCCUGCAACUGCUAA